CCAUAACUGGCUGGAGUGCGGCCACUUUUUCAGCCGGGUCCUUUCCUCACUCCUCUCGCCGCCGCCGUCGCCGUCACCGCCGACCUCCUCCGCUCCUCCCUUCGCCGCCGCGCCUCCCUCUCCGUCCAUCUCCCUGCUAUCCGGUACCACUCUCGCCGAUUGGACCCACUUCUAGCGGCCCGCCCAGCUCGACAAGUAGGCAAUGAGCACAGCCAUGGAUGCUUCAGUGCCUGUUGCCGAGCAGGAGGAUGGUACUGUGAAUAUCUUGGGUGGGAAGAAAGUCGCAGUUGUAUUUGUUCUAGGUGGUCCUGGAAGUGGAAAAGGUACACAAUGUAGCAAUAUUGUGGAGCAUUUCGGAUUUACACAUCUUAGUGCUGGAGAGCUGUUGCGCUCAGAAAUCAAGUCUGGUUCUGAGAAUGGAACCAUGAUUGACAGCAUUAUAAAGGAAGGGAAAAUUGUUCCAUCUGAGAUAACCGUAAAGCUCUUACAAGAAGCUAUGAUAAAAAGUGAAAAUGACAAAUUCCUCAUUGAUGGAUUUCCAAGGAAUCAAGAAAACCGUCUGUCAUUUGAGAAUGUUAUAAAAAUAUCUCCUGAGUUUGUGCUAUUCUUUGAUUGUUCUGAGGAAGAGUUGGUAAGGCGUCUUCUGGGUCGCAAUCAGGGAAGAGCUGACGAUAACAUUGAGACUAUCAGGAAAAGAUUCAGAGUUUUUGAAGAAUCAAGUUUGCCUGUAGUUCAGUACUAUGACUCUAAGGGCAAGGUUAAGAAGAUUAAUGCUGCAAAACCAAUCCCUGAGGUGUUUGAAGAUGUGAAAACCAUUUUCCAGUCUUAUGGCCCAAAGACCGUCUUUUUGCAAAUGGUAACAAUAUGUUCUUCUCAAUCAGGCCGCAUAGCGCUCAUGCGAAAAAUAUGUGGUUCGCUAAAACGGUGACCCCAGGAGUACCGAAGGAAAAGGGUGGAAGCUCACGGCGCGCUACCCUGCCAGGAUGCCACUAGAUAGUUCAUCAUCUGAUUUAUAACUAUUUCUGAUCUUCAUUAGUGAGUAUAGAGGAACUGGAGCACAUAUCAGUUUACCUGUGUGCCCACCUCGCUGCCGCAACCUACCGUCCCAUUCGGUACUAUCGUCAAGUUAUGUAGUCUUUAUGGACAUGGUUAAUGAUAUCUUGUCAGGAAAAAAGAUUGCAAUUACUCAUUCGGCCA